CUGACUCACUCACUCUGUACUGGUUUGCUGACUUCUAGACUCCUCAGUACACUUUGGUACGGGUCUGUGGGGACGUGCAAGCGUUACGUCAUUACUAAGCACCGUCUUAUCUCAUCGACGUCUACCUUCGCCUCUUCCCUCACGCCUGCACCUGUACUUCCACCCACCUACACCUGCACUUUUCCCCAGCACACCACGUCCUCCAGUUCUACCCAUCACAUCCAGUCGUCGCUCACAGGUGUAUAUGAUAAAGGAAGCUCUCGCACACCGCCCAGACGUUGACUAACCAUCAUGCCUCCCAAACGUAAAGCGUCCCAGGUAGCAGCCGAUACCGAUGACGACGAUAACUGGGAUGAGCAAGAUGACGGGCCCAUGAGCGACCAGGAGACGUUUGACAAGCUGAAGAAAAAGUUCGACGUGAAGACCAUGAGAAGAGAAGCACGCGGCAAUCAGACCAAGGACGCAGCCGCGAACCUGUUCAAGAAGUCUGAUCAAUGGAACGCGCCACUGAAGCCUGAUCAUCACAAUCGUCCUCUUUGGGUCAAUGAUUCAGGAGGUAUCAUCCUCGAAUCAUUUCAUCCUCUCUUUGACGAGGCUCAGGAUUUCUUGAUCAACAUCGCUGAACCGCAGUCGCGUGUCUCAAAGAUCCAUGAAUACCAGUUGACCACACACAGUCUCUUUGCCGCAGUCAGCGUUGGCCAUUCAAGCAAAGAGAUUGUGGAUAGGCUAGACCGAUAUUCUAAGACAGUCUUAUCUGACACCAUCAUCCAGUUCGUCGGGAAGUCGACCAACGCAUUCGGCAAGGCUAAAAUUGUAUUGAAGAAUACGCUUUCUUACAUUGAGAGCGAAGAUCCUGCUCUUCUUCAGAAGCUCCUACGCGAUGAAACCGUAGCCGCGUGUAGAGCAGACACUACCGAUGGCCUCAUCAAAGAGGCCGCACCCAAAAUGGGCCAAAUGGCCAUCCCUGGUACCAAGAUGGCCGCUGGCCAGAACCAGAUGGCACAACAACCCCCCGCCGAGAACCCAGCACCAAGCGAUAUGAUUGCCUCGUUGAGAGAAGAUGACGGUGAUGAAGACGUCGCUCAGGUCCAUUCAUUCCAGAUUAAGAGUGAAGAUCGAGAAAAGGUCGUCAAGCGAUGCCGACACAUAGGCCUCCCGCUUACAGAGGAAUACGAUUUCAAUAACGAUCACGUAAAUGCAAAUCUCGAGAUCGACCUUAAGCCUCAUGCGCAAAUUCGAUACUACCAAGAGAAGGCUCUGAGCAAGAUGUUUUCCAAUUCGCGUGCACGAUCCGGUAUCAUUGUGCUUCCUUGUGGCGCAGGUAAGACUUUGGUUGGCAUCACCGCAGCUUGUGGUGUCAAGAAAUCUUGCAUUGUUCUGUGUACCAGCGCAAUGUCCGUUGUUCAAUGGAGAGCCGAAUUCAUCAAGUGGUCCAACAUCAAUCCGGAGGAUGUCGCUGUGUUUACAUCGGACAACAAGACUAGCUUUCCUCGUAAUGCGGGUAUCAUCAUCAGUACAUACUCCAUGAUCAGUAAUGCUCGAAAACGAUCUCACGACGCUGAAAAGGUCAUGAAUUUCAUUCGAAGUCGCGAGUGGGGGCUUCUGAUAGCUGACGAAGUGCACGUUGUACCCGCCCAGAUCUUCAAGAAAGUCACUUACGAGAUCGCCUCCCACACCAAGCUUGGCCUCACCGCCACACUACUCCGAGAGGACGACAAAAUCGAUGAUCUUAACUUUCUCAUUGGGCCGAAACUCUAUGAAGCAAAUUGGCAAGAGCUGUCGGAACAAGGUCAUAUCGCUAGGGUGCAGUGUGCGGAAGUAUGGUGUCAGAUGACGCCUGAAUUCUACACAGAAUGGCUAAAGCCCUCUUCGUUACAGAAAAGAGCCCUGCUUGCGAUUAUGAACCCCAAGAAGUUCCAGGCUUGCCAGUAUCUAAUCGAAUACCACGAAUCGCGAGGAGACAAGAUUAUUGUGUUUUCUGACAAUGUCUACGCACUAGAGAAGUACUCCAGAACGCUCGGGAAAGCAUUCAUCUACGGCGCAACUCCACAGAGCGAGCGACUGAAAAUUUUGGAAAACUUCCAACACAACCCCUUAAUCAACACUAUAUUCUUAUCCAAGAUUGGUGAUACGAGUCUGGAUCUACCGGAAGCAACGUGCUUGAUUCAAAUUUCUUCGCAUUAUGGUUCACGUCGUCAAGAAGCACAACGACUAGGACGCAUUCUUCGGGCAAAGCGGCGAAACGAUGAGGGAUUUAAUGCAUUCUUCUAUUCCUUGGUCUCAAAGGAUACAGACGAGAUGUAUUACUCCUCGAAGCGCCAGGCCUUCCUUGUUGACCAAGGGUACGCAUUCAAGGUCAUCACCCGCCUGGAGGGGUUGGAAAAUUCGCGUACCUUAUCUUUCUCCACGCCUCAGGACCGACGGGAGCUGCUAAUGGAUGUUCUCCUUGCCAAGGACGAGGAUGGAAGAGCCGAGAAGAUCGAAGGAGAUGCAUUCGAUUCGAACUAUGCAUCCAACAGAGGCAACAAGAAGAAGAAAACAGGCGUGCGAAGAGCAGCAGGCACCCUGUCUGAACUGUCUGGUGGUCAGGAUAUGGCAUACCUAGAGACGAAUAAGAGCAAGAACAAGGAGCUCAAGGGAACAAAAGCAAUCAAGAACCAGUUCAUCAGGGGGCUUGCGAGAACAACUGGGAAGAAAACUUAGGUAUACGUAUCACUGGCGUCGCUAUCUUGCGUUUGGAACUUAGACCUAGCGCAGCUUGGCUUCGACUUGGAGGAUCGGAGACCAGGCCGUAAUUGAGGCGUCUUUACAAUCCGACAGACUAAUCAAGGUUGGGCUCGCGUGCUUUUGACAGGUGUGCACUAGCUUGUCAUUUUGUCCCGAAAGCAUGGGUCCUUUUGUGGCUUGACGCUGAAGUAUAUUUUCACUGCAUUUGGCUUUUGCUCACAUCUUCAGCAAUGGGCUAGGUAUCAUUGGUGCAAUAACGUACAGAUUGAACGACCAACAUGUCCCACAUUUUGAUUUUGCUUGUGAUUCGCCACGAGG